UCCAUUAAGUAAUUUGUGAACUUAACGAAGUGAAGCUUCAAUGGAUUUCUCAAGGCUAAAACAGGGAGUAAGAAAACUCCAGGCUGCAAACAUGAAAAGCAAUGGCGGUGUCCUGCCGCCCAGCUCCAGAGUGUUGCCGCCCAUCACGUCUACAUCCUCCAAUCAGCAACAGCAGCAGCAGUCUGGACUUCCUGACGCCGCCUGCCCUUCCUCCUCCUCAUUGGCUGACGUCAUCGGAGACCCUGUCCUGCAAGAUCUGCUCCUGGGUGACAGAGUGCCGCCCUCUGGGUUCCUCAGACCAGGCGCCCCACGUCCUCUGCGCAGGAGGGACCUGACUGGGUUUCACCCCGCCCACCCUCUGAAGCCACUGUUCCACAGCACAGUGUCCAGCGGAAACUCCCUGGCACCGUUUCCACCUGCUGUUGCCAAGGAAGCAUUGUCUCUAUCUGCAGUUGCCACGGAUACCACCACCAGUGUAGCACCAUUUCUACCUGUCGUUUCCAUGGAUACCACAGGUGGUGCAGCAUUGUCCCCAUCUGCUGUUGCCAAGGAUACCACGCUAGCACAAUUUCUACCUCCUGUCGCCAUGGACACCAGUGUUGUCAGUCCAGUAAAGCUGAGGGCCAGGCGCUGUGGGAAACCUGUUUUGGACGCCCCUCGGACACCCAGCGGCCGCCUGAACAACCAUGACAACAGCUGCCAUGACAACAGCUGCCAAGGUGACUCCAAGCUGGAGCAAGACAGGAGGGAAGACGGCGAUGCCAUGCAGAGGUCUCUGGCAGUCUUGAAUCGGAUGAAGGACUGGAUCAGGGAGGAGAGGAGGCGCGUCGACCAGGAGGCGAGACUCGCCGACAUCGACCUGAGAUCCUUGACAACCUCCAACGUCAGCUCCUCCUCCUUCUCCUCCUCCUACUGCUCCUCAGGCAGGUCCGAGGCCGACCUCAGCUCGUCAGUCAGGCCCCCACCGCAGCACUCCGCCCGGCAACACACUCUGCCCUCAGAGGGAACGACAUCUACUCUGGCCUAUGUGCCUGCCCCACCACCACAGGCAGCCAAGCCACAGGCAGCAGCCAAUAGGAGACAGAGUAGGGUGCCCCGCUUCCGGAAGACAGCUGGAGCCAGUCUGGCCUCUGCUGCGGAAGAACAAACUGUGGAGCCUGUGGAGGUGAAUGAGGAGAUAAAGGAGGUGAAGAAGCAGCGAGUGAUACAGGUGACACAGCGGAGGGAGAGGAAGCAGCAGCAGCAGCAGCAGCAGCAGCGGCAGAAAGGGCAGCAGAAUGAGAGUAGGGAGCAGUCAGGGUCCGCCAGACAGAUCCCAUCUGAAGCCCGUCUAGAGCAGAGCCUGCUGACAGCCCUCGAGAAGCUCGGGACAGAUGACUGGGAGAAGAAGGUGGAUGGCCUGUCCACCAUCAAGAAUGUGUGCCAGCGCCACGCUGACGUGCUGCUCUCCAGGCUGCAUGACAUAUGCCUGGCCGUCACCAAAGAGGUGAAGAACCUGCGCUCAGUGGUAUCCCGUGCCGCCAUGGUGACCCUGGCACACCUGUACGCCAGCCUGGAGCGGGGCAUGGACGCAGAGGUGGAGGGCACGGCGAAGGCACUGCUGCUGCAGGCGGGCGCAGCCAGCAGCUUCAUCAGGGAGGACGCCCAGAUGGCACUCAGGCACAUGGUGCUCAGCGUCUCGCCCUCAUGCAGCCUUGCAGCGCUCGUCAACACAGGCCUCAAGCACCGCUGUGCAGCCGUGAGGGCGAGUGCUGCCGAGCACCUGGAGAUGCUGGCCGAGGCCGCGGGCCCCUCGCGCCUGCUGUGCGGCAGGAAGGACCUGGCUGAGCGCUUUGUCCACGCCGUCAGCUGCUUCGCCAUCGACGCGGCACAGGAAGUCAGGACUCCUGCCCGUAACACUUUGGCCUUCCUUGCCUCUCACCCUGACCUUAUCAAAAUGGUGGACAAGUAUGCCCCCAAGAGAGACAAAAACACCAUCAAGGACAUCAUCAACCAGUACCAGGAGUGAACACUGAACCACCAGAGACAUCAGAGAAGAGAGGCCCAAUUUCUGCCUUUUUUUCUCCAUCAUGAAAUCCUUAUGUGUUCAGGAAAUACUUGUCUCUGCAGUCUGCACUCAUAUACUGGUAUUUCUCUUGGAGAAGUACAGGUCAUUUGGACCUGACUAAUGGCCUCCACCUAAAACACACACACACACACACACACACACACACACACACACACACACACACACACACACACA